AUGCUGCAAUCGGCGGUACGUCCUCACGUCCGCGAUCGAGUCGCGCAAUGGCUGACAUUAACGACGAUGAGGUCAAUGGCGGUGGCCGCAGUGGCGGCAGCAGCAGCACGACAGCUGUUGCGCAACACCAUGGAACCAAGACACAGUGCAGUGUUGGAGACGGCACGAAGCCAGCGGCUUGGCACACGCAAAGACGAGGCCUUGACUCGAAGACUGACUUAA